CCACAAAAUUCAUCUGAAUGCAAUUUCAAAGAAAAAAGUACCCAAUAAAUUUUCGUCAUAAUUUUUCUAUUUUAUUGGAAAUAAAAUCAGCUGUCUGCAAUUUUCGGCAAUGUAAAUUUGUAACUUGUGAACAGUCACCAGCUGUAUUUGAAGCAGUGAUGAGUCUUCCGCCACCAGUUGCUUGUGGAUGUAUUAUUGGUAUAUUAGCAGUUCUCUACCACUACGACUUGCUGUUUACAACAUUUACUAUCUGUGUUCAUCUUGCCGUGGGUACACUAGGAAUAUAUCUAGGUGUAUCAUGGGCGCUGGUACGAGGGAAGCAGUACACUCCACCGGAACUACCCAAGGCGUUAAGGCAUCCUCACAUCAGUUUAGUUCUACAAAAUAUGAUGGAGGCUAGGUCAGAGUUUAAGCCAGGCCUGAAUAAAGUGGUGAUUUCACGCAACAUGGAUUUAGCCUUACAAGAUAUUAUAAAUUUGCUGCUGCGUGAUUUUAUACUGACAUGGUACAAGGACCUAUCAGUAGACCAUGAUUCCCUGCAAACAUAUUUACAGACAGAUUUGUGGAAACUGAUAGAGAACGUCAGUGACAGAUUGACAAAAAUAGACACUGUCCAGUUCAUUACACAAGAUGUUGUCAAUAAACUCAAACAACACUUUCAAGACAUUCGAUUGGCAACAAAGAAAGGACCGUCAGAUGAACCUAUGAGGAAGUUUGUGUUACAUCCCUGGCUACAAUCUGAAGAGCAGGAAUUAAACUUCCAGAGAAAAGUCAGCGAGGCCCUCUUGUUGGUGUUUCUGCCAAAAUAUUAUUCCAAGUCUCCACCAAUCAGACAACUACUGAGAGAAGUUGUAGCUAAUACAGUUCUCAAGCCCUCCAUAGAUUUGAUAUGUGACCCAGAUUAUAUCAACCUGCAGUUACUAUCAUAUAUUGAAUAUCGAGAGAAGCUCUCAGAAGACACCAGGAGAACCUAUACAUACGCUGCAACUUACGAAGAUUUUGUUAAAAUGAUUGAGCAGUACGAUGAUAUUGAACACUUGAAACAGUUAAGGUUUAACAUAAUGACUGAAAUUAUGCAGGCCACUACAAUCAACAAUUUGAAAAAGUCCAAUUUUACAGAUAAGCCGGGGACCAGUAAAGGAGAAAGAAGACAAAGUACAGCAAAAGGAGAACUUCUGAAACAGAGGAAUCUUAAAAGAUACAUCAAUCAGUUGACAGUUGCUAAGGCUCGCUGUGAGAAAAGGAUACAUAAACUUGGUGGACCAGACUAUAAAUACUACACAGGGGAAACAGAGGAGGGGAGUAAACAGUCUUCAGCUUUACCUGGCCGUAAGGUGAUGUCAUUUAGUGUAAUAAUGGAUUCAGCAAUUGCUAGAGGAUAUUUUGAAAAUUUUCUGCAGAGAGAAAGCAAUGAGUCAUUGCUAGGGUUUUGGAAUGCUGUUGAAAAAUUGAAGGAUGCAGACAAGAAACAGCAUCACCAUCUGGGUGCAGACAUCUACCAGAGGUAUAUCUCUAGCACAACAAGUGUUGUCAAGGUGGAUAAAUCACUUGCCAAGAAAAUGGAGACUUUUAUGCUGGGUGACUCUGGACCAGAUGCGUUCUUUGAAGCACAGCAGCAAGUAUACAAAGUACUAGAGAGGCAGCAUUAUCCUUCAUUCCUUGUCAGUGACCUCUACCAUAAAUAUGUGACUUUAACUGAAGAGCAAGGAGGGGAGACAACUGGUUCUGCAGGAAAAGAUGAGCUAUUCUUCGAGCCAAAGGAAGGUUGGUCGGAUGAAGAAGAUAAAAUGUUCUCGCAGCAGGCAUACGAAGCUGAGAAGAAACUUCAACAGCUGAACACAAAAAUCCUCAACAAAACACAAGCUCUUGAAGCUCUCAGGAACUCUGGCAAACCUGAUCCAAAGAUGCAGAAAGUUCAGGAGGAGAUGGAUAGUGAACUAGCUGCAAUGCAAGAAGAGAAAAGAAGAUUAGAUUCACAUAUAAUGAGAACUGAACAGUGGUGUGAAAAUGUCGGCAAGUGGACAGCACAUAUAUAUGAAGCUGAUAUUUUUAUGGAAGGAGAUAAGAAGGUGCCAUUAUUUGUUCUAGUCAUUCAUCUGUCAGGAAGUUCUUCCCAAAACCUACAGAAUAGCACCCAGGGCUGGGUUGUCAACAGAAAACUACAGGAUUUUUAUGCUGUACAUGAAAAACUUGUGCAGAUUGCUGGAUCAUGGUUGAAAAAUAAAGAGCUGCCGAAAGUAGGAAGGUUUACAACAGUAGAUGCCAAAUUUUUGAAAGAUGCCAAAGCACAACUAAAUGACUACCUCAAGGCUAUAAUGAAGGACGAGCGUCUAUCAGACAGCCAGGCCCUGUAUGGGUUUUUGACUCCAACACCAGAAUACUUCCAGCAACCUGGGCAGGAUAAGAAGAGCGGAUUUUUUCUUAAAAAUAUUUUCAAAAGUUUGCCAAGUAUUGGCCAAGACAGCCGGGAUACAGAGGACGACUUGUUGUUUAGUGCUGAAGACAGGACGGAUGAUAGAAGUAAGGAUUCGAUUGCAGAACCUUUGUAUGAUCUUAUCAAUGAAGUCUAUGAGCUAAAAGGCAUGUUUAAGUGGCUGAGAAAGAGUUUUAUUGCAUUUGUUGAAGUGACUUUUGGAAGGUCUAUAAACAGACAGCUGAGGGAAACAGUCGACUGGAUUUUCUCUGAGCCGAUGAUCAUUUACUAUAUCAAGAGUUUCAAAGAUUCCAUGUGGCCAAAUGAUGUGCUAGCUGAACCAUUACCUUCCAGGUCAGAUGAAGAAAAAUUGAGGACCAGAUUAAAAGCCAAGGAAAAGUUCUUACUCAUUCAGCCAGAUGCUGUGAAAACUCUUGUAGGAGAAGAAAACAAGAGACGAGGAACAAUAAAAAUGUUCGAGGUUCUUCAGGACACAAGACUUAAUAAACAACUAUUUUAUGCAUUACUGCUAUUGCUUCUUCAACACCUUAUACCAGAACUGGGUGCCAUGUUGACACAAGAUGAUGCUGUAGAAGACAGUAGUGAUGUACCUGUUGUAAUAAGUGGUGAACAACAGACUGAUGUCAAAUGAAUGAACAAUGUUCUUGGAAGUUCAUAACUGUCGCUUAUAUUAUGUUUGGUAUCGCUAACAACUAUUAUUUACGAUACGGAGGUCACUAUGAUCCCAAGGCGGCAGCUAUAACCUUAAAGCUGCUUCGUUGUAGCAACGUGGGAUGUGCAAUUUCAUUUUUUCAUUUCUAAUGCAUAUUUACACUUACUUGAGGCAGCUAAUUUAUAACAAGUCCAAUUGCAGUAUAAACACUGAAGGUAUAGAUUAGUUUGUUAAGUAUAUCAGAAAGGGUAAUGCAAGGAACAAAAACUUGAAAAACGGCUUUGAUAUUGUUUUUUUCCCAGGAAAUAAGCUGAAGAUCGUGGGUACUUGCUACAGGUAUUGUACACAUGCUGACCUCUAGGCAGUUAUCAUAUAUUGCAUCUUAAAUGCUUUUUACAUUCCGAAGAUUUUUUUGUGUUUCGUUGUCUUUCCUUGUUAUUCCAAAUAGAUGUCUUUCAUUUUCAUAAAUUGUUGCUUAAACUGUAGAUUCUUCAUGUAAGGAGAAAUAUUCGUUUUUCUUGGUCAGUAUAUAAUUGUAGUGAAUUUAGAAAUUCUCUCAACUGCAUGUUUCAUACUGGUACAAGAUAUUGUGAACUGUGAUGAUCUUUUUGCUUACUUAUAUCUUUAGUGAAACUCUGAUUCACAUUUUAGUAUAACUGAGAGACAUUUCUUUAAAUUCAUAAGAACCUUUUCUUCACUGUCCCGUCUCUAAACUAAUGCAAAGGUCUUUAAGAAAUGCGACAGUAAAAGAGUACUCCUUGCAUUUCCAUUCCAUUUGCUGUGAUCAAUGUCCUCAAGGGUCCAAAGAAAAUACAUUUAUUUAUAUUUUACAUCAUGUAACUCGAUAAAUCACCUGACACAUCCAAAUACUGCUUAAAAUUAAUUUGAAAACCAGAUCUGCACGAAUCUUGUGGCCAGACACGUAUUGCCAGAAUUUGCUCGAGUAACGCUAACAGAAUUCUCAAUUUAUUUAUCAGUUUGCUGACUUCCUGGCUACGCGUUUAAGCCGGCAAAGCAUCAUCCUUGAUCAGUAAUUCCCUUUUGAAUGUCUUUUUAUGGUAUGCCAGGUAUAGCGUCAUUGUCGAGAGUGUUUAUGGCCCUUUUUUGACAUUGACAGUGUUCGAGGAUAGGGAACAUUCUCACUUUAUCUUGAGACCGUUUUUAAUGAUGAUAGAAUUUGUAUAUAUUACAUUGUAUUGUUUUUGAAUAAGAAUGUAUAUGAUAUUUUGUUUAUUGUUUUACAGAUAUUUGUGCAAUAAAACAUUUAAAGUAAA